UCUGCUCCUGUACGCAAGCGGCGGCGUCCUCCCUUCAGCUACUCGACCCUAAUUGCCCAAGCAAUUUCUUCCUCGCCAGAAAGCAAGAUGACGCUCCGCGAGAUCUAUAGUUGGAUCAGCAACGCCUAUCCAGACCUUUAUCAGGUCGACGGCCCCGACAGCCAAGGCUGGCAG